AUGGGUAGCUCAUCGAUAGACUCUGGGGAAGGUGAAAUUUCUUCGUCAAAAAAUGGACAUGGAAAUUUAAAAUCGAUGCCGAUAGUUUCGUCAUUGGUAGAUUCCUCAUCUCAGUCUCUAGCUGGUUACGAUUCAUACGCUACGGAUAAUUCUCAGGCCCUUGAUCGGUUUGGUAAUACAGACGAUUCUGAUUUCAUGAGUGGGAAGCGAAAACUUUACGAAAUAAUGAUUGGCGAUGAUCAUCUCAAUUCUAGGAAAGAUGACAGUUUUUUCACAGUUGAGCUAGAAAAGCUUUCUGAAGACAAGGUAAUAGAUAUUUACCGCAAAUGUGGCGGUAAUGGUUUUGCUGUCAGUCUCAAGCCAUAUUUAGUGGACUUACUGAAGCGAAGGGAGAACUUUCAGUCAGUUGUAGAUAUGUUUGCUUUGGCGGUUCACAAGGACAAUAAGCAAACAAGACCGAAGAAGACUACUACAAUUCCUCAUCUGCUCUUGGAGUUAACUCCCAAAGAUAUUUUUAUUGCUUUGUUAGAGGUAAUGCCCGAUGCAGUCCACAGUCGUCUUGUGUCUCUCUAUUCGAGUCUGUAUUGCGCUGUUCCGGUAGCUUACGUUCUGCAACUUCCUAGAGGCGACGUCCGAACAGUCAUUAACUUCAAAUCUCUUCAAGAUGUUCUCGCAGUCCCAAGUUAUCCACUCGUCGUAUCAUGUGGUACAACAAACGCUGUACGGAAAGGAAAAUCAACAUUGAUGGGGAAGUUGGUAGGACAACUAAAGACUACGUCAUUGAGUUUUCAUUCGUUUGAUGUGUGCUCUGACGAAGGUGAUGGCGAGCUGUGUCAUUCCCCUUCUAUUGAUCUUUUGCUUGAGAUCAAAUCUAACGUUCAAUGCGGUCUCAACUUUGCAGAUGUUCACGGGUUUACGAAGGAGAAAACGUUUUGUCAUGCUUUGUCAACUCUUUGCUCGGUCGCAGCUCUAGUACUUGUUCACGUGACUGCUAAUGACUUUGGUCCUAGGGGUUCUCUUGGUCAUAGUUUGCGGUCGUUUGUACUAAACAGUUGUAAACUUCUUUCCGCAAACGCGGAAAUUGUUAUUUUUGUUCGUGAUGUUCCCAAUAGUACCAAAAUGUCUGCUUCCUUUCCACAACCGUCACAGAUUCGUCAGUCGUUAAGAGAGAUUCUUCCCAAUAGAACGGCACAAGUUGUGCUCGUCGAAGACCUUGCCAAUUGUCGCGCUAAGAGGCAACGACAGAUGACUGUCAUAAGUAUUGGAGAUCAGAUGGCACCGAUAUUUCGUAACCUGAAGAAACGAUUACCCUGUUCAGAAGUUGUUGAAGAGCGUUUUGUUUCUUGCUGCUCCGGACAAGCUCGUAAUCUAGUUUCACACAGAAGAGAGUCUUCCAAGUUAGACGGAUUUUCUUCUUUAGGGAGAAAAACGUAUGAGGCUCUUGAAGCAAGCAAACAGGAGGGAGGCGAGAUUGCUAACCGACUUUUUCCUCUAACAGCGAUUUACGCUGCAAAGGCUAAUAUCAUUCACAGGCGAAAACAACUCUGUGAAAAUAGAAAUAAAGAGAAGGGCAACGGAGUUGACGUAGAAUUAGUAAAACUACAAAACGAGGAGGCAGAGUUGGACACUCGAAGGCAAACGAUUUCUUCGAUAUCUCGUCCAGUCGAGCUAUUCCGUAGUCUUGUUUCAGACAAAAAUCACCACCAAUUGGCAGAAUUUCAACAUUACUUGGAGGUGUGGAAAGCGCAAUAUAUCGACCCUCUCCUUGAGAAAAGACGAGAGCUGAUGAAACAAAUGAAACCAAUCAAACGCACAGAUGAAAAGGAAAGUAAAGAGCAAACUCAACAUACAAUAGCUAGUGUCGAACGCGAGCUGAAGGAAAUUUCCUCUCGUAUUGACCAGUUUGACAUAUCGCUAGAUUCCUUCUGGAGCGAGUUGAUGGAACUUUGUGCUUUACGAGAAAACGAUACGACAGUGAAUGUUCAUUUGAGAAAACUCCGUCUAGAUCCACAGUUGACUAAGCAAGUUUACACGCAAUGUGUAUUGGAAGGUUACCCUAUUCAGUUACUUCGAGGAAAUCCGUUACAGAUGACUGCAAGCACGUUUAUAGAAGAUAUAAUGAAACAACUAGGAAUUGAGUUGAAGAACAGAAGUAACUUGCUUGUUGUAUCAGUUAUAGGCGCGCAGAGUUCUGCUAAGUCUACAUUGCUCAAUUACUUGUUUGGUUGUGGGUUUGCUACAAGGGCGGGAAGAUGCACGAAAGGUUUGUAUGCUUCAUUCGUACGCAUAUCGGACGGAAGAUAUCUUUUAGUUCUUGAUUCGGAAGGGCUUUUGUCUUUGGAAGGAGGUGGUCACGUGUUUGACGGUCAAAUUACGGUGAUGGCUAUGGCUUGUUCCGAUGCCGUUAUAGUGAAUCAUAAGGGAGAAAUUUCCUCGCAGAUGAGAAAACUAUUAGAAGUUUGUUUGUACGCAAUGGAUUAUCUGAAGGUGGCCGACAUGCGACCAGAAAUGAUGUUCGUUUUGCGAGACCAAAUAGAUCGUACCACUAAAGUACAAAGCGAUUCGCUAACACUGAUGAAGGAUAUGCUUAGAGAAGCAAUGGGAAAUGAAGAGAAGAACCUUGAUGAUCUCGUAUCUUUGAGACAAGACGCUAUAUUUCUUCUUCCAAGUGCAUUUUCUGAAGUAAAACUAGAAGGUCGGACGGUGAAAUUACCGACUGGUGUGUUUUCCGAAGAGGCGUUUUUUCUACGCAGAAAGAUACUGCAGUCUACGCUUGGCGAUCGUUCAACGUUAUAUCCGCGUGACGGCACUGACUCUCUCGUAAGCUGGUACAGUCACGCUUGUAUAGUGUGGACAACACUUACUGAGUUCGGUCACACAUUAUUGCAUUACAAAGCUCUGUAUGAAUUGAAUCUUCACAAACAGAUAAAUGAAAUCGUGACAUCUCUUGUGAAACAAGCUGAAGAGGAGUUUAAUGAUCAAGCAGGGACUGUUGUGAAGAAACUGACAAGACAAUUGCAAAAGGCCAAAGACAAAACAGUCGUCCAAGGGUAUGAUGUAACGUGUCGGACUGAUCUAGAAACUUUAAAGAAAACUAGCCAAGACAAAUUGGUUCGGGACUUUGAAGAAUGCACUCAAGCUGAGAAGUUCAACGAAGAUCUAAAGAAAGAAUUUCGUUUCAAAUUAACAACUCCACUUUCCUCUUCUUAUGACAUGAACAUCUACUCAUGGGGGAUACAACUUCAUUUGGCUAACGAAAGACUCAAUGUAGAGGAUUUUGAUCAAAGAUUUUACGAUCAACUUAAUGAAAAGUUGGAACGUACUGAAUAUCGAUCGCCAAUGUCCGCGUCUGAAGCAGCAAAGGUUUUUGAUGAACUGUGGAAACAGCAUGAAAUCGAACACAAAAAGCGUUUACUAGCAACAAGAAAGAGAGACUUUGACGUUGAGUUGGAUGUUGUGAGGACAUUUAGAGACGGUAUAUCAAGAAACCAACAUAACGAAUUACUGCACGCUGUCGCUCUUGAGUUUAGUUCAUCUGAAUUGUCAAAAUCAACAGACUUUGUUACUAACAGCGACGAGAUAUGGUUUAGGAAAUAUUUCAAAAUAAAUUAUUCUUUUGUCCAGAAGGCACAUAGAUAUGUAUUUUCAACAGAAGACAAAGGCUUAGCUAAAAGUCUCGCCGCAGUGCAGCAGCUGAAGAGUAAAGUGCACAAUCUACAGCAGAGACUCGUGAAUAGGAUUGAGUCACAAGAAGGUGGCGGGAAAUGCGACGCAACGAUUGCUACAGAUAUUGUUGUCUUGGCCACUGAUGAGGUUCUAAAGAUGGAGUCCGGUUUGCACACGUCUGAUAAGAGACUAAAGCUACAGCGAGCUCCAUUUAUUAACGAUCUUAUCGUUCAUUUGCAACAAGUAGCAUAUCGGGUAGUUUGCUCUGCUGAGAAUAAGCGCAUUUUAGAACAGGAAGAGGAGCUCGAACAAAAGAGAGCAAGUAGAAGAAAACACUUUAUUGACACAGCAAGUAACGAGGCUAACGAUGUAAAAUGCGCUGCAGCAUUUGCCGAAGAGUACAGUGAGCAACUGAAGUUAUGGGUAAAAAGCAAAGUGGGUGAAUUUGCAUCAGAAGUUAGCAAGAAAGUUUCUAAAGAAUUCCCGAAUCCAGAGAAGGCAGCAGAACGAGCGUAUUACAGCUCCUUUAAGGUAAACAACUAUGACGGAGUGUUAGAAUAUUGCAUUGAUGUGAACGCGUAUCUGAAAAAGUUGUUUAUGCAAAUGUUUGAAGAAAUCAAACAGGGGGCAAUAGACAAGAACAAGUACGAACUUAGAGACAGCAUUUCUGCCAUGUACGCGAUGUUAGAGGAUGCUGCAGAACGUUGGAAACAAAGCGGUCCAACUACGAGUCAUGGUUUUAUUGAUGACUUUAAAAAUCAUCUGACAAAGCGUACCAAGGACCCUUCUGAGGUUGGUGAUAGGGACUUGCUAGAGACUGCAUUGGUCUGGUUUCCACCAAUGAAUAACUUUCCUAUUACACGAAUUGACAUAUUUUGUGAACGGUUUAAGCGUAGGGUGAAUGAGCUGCUACACGAAGUACUUGAUCAUUUGGACGGAAUGGUGACGACCAGCAUGAGUGAUCAAUGUUCACGACUUUGGGCAACAGUAAAAGGAUGUCGAUCCAAGUGUCCACUUUGUGGUUCAAAAUGCUCACUCGUGUACGAGCACCCAGAUCAUUAUUGUGCUCAUCAUAUUUUCCCUGCUUUUCACGGAACCAAGGUGCGCGAUUUGAAACACCCAGUGUUCGACAUGUGUCUUAGCACAAGCAAUGCCAACAGUGGGUGGUAUAGAGGCGACGAUCCACCGCUGCCCAACCUUAAGGAGUAUCUUGAAUAUUACGAUGAUUAUCGACCAUGGAAGAAGUUUAUUGUUUCUAAUCCACGUCUAGAACAAGAGCCACCAGCAGAACAGAUUCAAGCGUGGGUUGUUUGCAGAAAACCUCUUUUGAAAUAUUGGGGUUUGGUGAACAAAACUCCAGAGGAUUGGCUACUGUUCGAUAAUGGUAACCCGUUGGAUGAAAACGAAUGUUACAAUGCAGAAGCUAGACUGAAGAAGUAUCGAGACAUUUAGAUGGCAAAGUUAUAAGAAUAAUUUCAGAGGACACGAGCGCAUGAUAUGCAUAGUUCAUGCAGCGAUUGUUAGCUAGUCACGUGUUUUUAGUGAUGCUCUUGUUGCCUCUUAUCUUAGCUUUGAUGUUAUGGAAGCUUUGUGUGCAGUUAGUUGCUGUCGAUUAACGUAUAACUAUGGUAUGACAUCAUACGAUUAGAUGACUUGAGUGUGACU